AUGGCACCUCGGAAGUUCAGCUGGGGAAAUCAAACACAAAUUCCUACACUGACAUUCAAUGUUGGAAUAAGCCCUUUUAACACAUCUGGUGGUGGAGUGGGCGCCCAAUCGGGUGGGAAGACUUGCCAGGUAACCGGUCCGACGGGAUCAGCUACUACUACUGCGAGUGGACGUCAGCAGGCUGCGUAUGCAGUUAGACUACGUUUACAAGAGGUGGAAGAUCGCACGACGGAGUUAAUCGAGAAAACUCGGGAGUAUAAUUUGGCAAGGGAGACUGCGGCUAUUGCGGUUAAAGAAGCUCAGGAGUGGCUCGCUGGGAAUAAGUCUGCCACAGCGAGCGCGAAUUCUACGGGAGUUGUAGAUGAGCAUAAAGAAAAAUCGAAUUCGGAAUUAGGCGCACAAGUGUUAGAGUUGGUGGAAGAGGAUUGCUCUUUGGAUGAGUGGCUGCUGGGCUUAGAUGAUGCGUUGAAGUCUAAUUCGAUCGACAUAGCAGCGUAUCUUCGCGAGAUAAGAACAACCUCGAGAAAGCAGUUCGAGGUUCGGGCGUUGCGGCAAAAGGCUAUCACGCAACUCCAGGCUGCUAUUAUUUUCAAGUGA